CAAUUAUGAAUUUGAAUGUUUCUCUUCAUGGUUCUGUCAAUUUUUGCUUUAUAAAGUAUCAGCUGAAGUUAUUAGUUUCUGAUAAUUUGAAACUUUUAUGACUGUGAAGUGUCCCUCCGUAUGUCAAGUAAUGCUUUUUCCUUCCCCUUAAAGUUCACUUGGUCAAAUAGCAAUGUCACAGAUUUUAUAAUUACAGAAAUAACUUGAGACCUAGGAUGUUGAUGUCUGUCUCUAGAAAGGAUUUUCCCUUGCUUCUGCACGGGUUGUAAGAUGCUAACAAAACACGUUCACCUUUACACAAUUUCAGGGAAUGAGGUGUUUGGGCGUUUGGCUUCAGUCCCUGCCAAAGAAAGCCCAGUUUCCUUCUCCCCUUAUUCCAAUGGUGAAACUCUUUGGGGUUUACCAGGAAGCCUUCGUGGCUGUUAAUGCUUUUAUGUCGCUUAGCCUCUUGAAGACGUCCAAAAUUCUACUGAGUUUGUACGCCUUUCAAUGAACAGAAUCUACACUCUUCUGAGGCCUACACAGUAGGACGUCAAGACUGCCUGAGAGCUUCUCAGGGAUUCCGGAAAGUGCAAACCAGAGUGAAAACAUGUAGGCCAGAGCUCGUGCCGGUAGACACCCCCGCACCCACCCUUGCAUUCUGGGACAUGUAGUCCAGAGCUCGUAAACUCGUGUAGUCCCAUAUACUGCAGCUACAGUAACGCCUCGCUGUAAAGGUUUACCCGCGGAAUUCUGGGAAAUGUGGUCCAGGAGUUCCGGGUUAGUCGCAGGCACUUCCGCCCCAGGAGGACACGUAGCAGCCAUGUUUUGCCUGAUGACGGUGUUUCAGGUCCGCUCUUCACGACCCCUUCAAGCUUCCCCUUUGCAGACCUUUCAUUUGGGGAGAAAGAGGAGGUGCGGCUAAAAGCGGAGGUUUGAGGGCCUGGAGUGGUGAUGUACGUCCCGCGGGCGGAGCUUCUUUGCGUUUGCCCUGGCUUCUCCAAAAGCACUGCACGGAGGAAGAGGCAACAGAGCCCCACGACUCUGCACUGCCCCAGAAGGAGAGAGAAAAUGAGCACAUUCCAGGAGGCGGUGACCUUCAAGGACGUGGCCGUGGCCUUCACAGAGGAGGAGCUGGGGCUGCUGGACUCGGCCCAGAGGAAGCUGUACCAGGAUGUUAUGGUGGAAAACUUCCGGAACCUGGUCUCAGUGGAAGAAAACAAUCAAAGUGAGUUGAGGGCCGUUCAAGACAGAGGAUCACGUGAAGAGCUUUCCUGCUGGCAAAUCUGGCAACAAAUUGCAAAUGACUUAACCAGAUGCCAAGACUCCAUGAUAAAUAGUUGUCAGUUCCGCAAACAAGGUGAUUCCCCCUGCCAGAUUGGGGCAGGACUUGUUCAAAUUUCUGAAGAUGAGAACCAUAUAUUAAAUGAUAAAGCAGGUGAUCCCAGUAGUACUGGAAAUCCAAGGUUUGCAACUUUGAGAGCCCAGGAUUCUUGGAGGAAAACUUCCUUGGCUGAGUCACAGAAUUAUCAGAAUAGACACCAGCAAAUUUCCAUGAAAAAUAAACUGUGUCAGUGUAAAGAGGAUGUUGACACCAUCAGUUGGAUUUCACAUCACCUUGAUGCUCAUGGAGUACACAAGGGUCAAAAAUCUUACGGCUACUGUGAUUAUAGAAAAGAUAGCACGAGGGUUUCAACGCUGGAUCAGAAUACCAUGAUUCACACAGGACAAAAACCUUACCAGUGUAAUGAAUGUAAAGAAACCUUCACCGAUCUCUCCACCUUUGAUCUUCACCAGCAAUUACACUCAAAAGAGAAUCUCACGUGCAGUGAGUGUGGAAAAGGCUUCCAUUACAGCUUGGUUCUUCAUAUUCAUCAGAGAGUUCACGUGGGAGGAAAACACAGUGAGUAUGAUGAGUGUGGCAAGGAGUUCAGUCAGAGCUCACAGCUGCAGACUCCUCAGAAAGUCCACACUGUAGAGAAACCAUUCAAAUGUGGGGAAUGUGGGAAAGGCUUCAGUCGUAGGUCAGCACUUACUAUUCAUUGUAAAGUCCACACGGGAGAGAAACCUUAUAAUUGUGAGGAGUGUGGGAGGGCCUUCAGUCAGGCCUCUCACCUUCAGGACCAUCAGAGAGUCCACACUGGGGAGAAACCAUUCAAAUGUGACACAUGUGAUAAGAGCUUCAGUCGGAAUUCACACCUUCAGUCCCAUCAGAGAGUCCAUACGGGAGAGAAACCGUACAAAUGUGAGGAGUGUGGGAAGGGCUUCAUUUGUAGCUCAAAUCUAUACAUUCAUCAGAGGGUCCACACAGGAGAAAAACCCUACAAAUGUGAGGAAUGUGGGAAAGGCUUUAGUCGGCCUUCAAGUCUUCAGGCCCAUCAGGGAGUCCACACUGGAGAGAAAUCAUACAUAUGUAAUGUGUGUGGUAAAGGCUUUACUCUGAGUUCAAACCUUCAGGCACAUCAAAGAGUCCAUACAGGAGAGAAACCAUACAAAUGUAAUGAGUGUGGGAAGAGCUUCAGGAGGAACUCCCAUUAUCAAGUUCAUCUGGUUGUCCACACAGGGGAGAAGCCCUAUAAAUGUGAGGUAUGUGGGAAGGGCUUCAGUCAGAGUUCAUAUCUUCAAAUCCAUCAGAAGGCCCACAGUGUAGAGAAACCUUACAAGUGUGAGGAGUGUGGGCAGGGCUUCAGUCAGAGUUCACGACUUCAGAUCCACCAGCUGAUCCAUACCGGUGAGAAACCAUACAAAUGUGAAGAGUGUGGGAAGGGAUUCAGUCGUAGAGCAGAUCUUAAAAUUCAUUGCAGAAUCCACACCGGAGAGAAACCGUAUAAUUGUGAGGAGUGUGGGAAAGUCUUCAGGCAGGCCUCAAAUCUUCUGGCCCAUGAGAGAGUCCACAGCAGAGAAAAACCAUUCAAACGUGAAGAGUGUGGGAAGAGCUUUGGUCGGAGUUCACACCUUCAAGCCCAUCAAAAAAGUCCACACUGGAGAAAAGCCAUACAAAUGUGAGGAGUGUGGGAGGGGCUUCAAGUGGAGCCUGAACCUCGACAUGCAUCAGAGGGUCCACACAGGAGAGAAACCAUAUAAGUGUGGGGAGU